AAAAUUAAGAAAAGGAAAAGGGAAAAAAAAAAAACAAUUUUACUAGAGAGAGAGGGGCGUGAAUUCCUGAGCGAGAGAUUCUUCGCCGGAGUAUUCUCUUGCGUGAUCUUACGGCUGCUUUCUUCGCCCGAAAAAGCUCGUUCGUCGGUUGGAAAUUCGUCUUUCUCUUCCCGUCGGAGGUUUUUUUUUAGUUUUUGAGGUCAAAGCGAAGAUGGUGAACGCUAUGGUGGAGAGAGCGACGAGCGAGAUGCUAAUCGGACCGGAUUGGGCUAUGAAUCUCGAGAUCUGUGACAUGCUCAAUAGCGAUCCAGCGCAAGCAAAAGAUGUUGUGAAAGGCAUAAAAAAACGUAUUGGUAGCAGAAAUCCAAAAGCUCAACUUCUUGCCUUAACGCUGCUUGAGACGAUAGUGAAGAAUUGUGGUGACAUGGUUCAUAUGCAUGUGGCUGAGAAGGGCGUUAUUCAUGAGAUGGUCCGGAUAGUUAAGAAGAAGCCGGACUUCCAUGUCAAAGAGAAGAUCCUGGUCCUUAUCGAUACAUGGCAAGAAGCCUUUGGUGGCCCCAGAGCAAGAUAUCCACAAUACUAUGCAGGAUACCAGGAAUUGUUGCGUGCUGGGGCUGUUUUCCCUCAGAGAUCAGAGAGAUCAGCUCCUGUGUUCACACCUCCACAAUCACAGCCUUUGACGUCUUACCCUCCAAAUCUUCGUAAUCCUGGACCUAGUAAUGCUAUGCCUGAACCUUCAGUAGAGCCAGAAUUUCCGACACUGAGUUUGUCGGAGAUUCAAAAUGCUAAAGGUAUUAUGGAUGUGCUUGCGGAAAUGCUGAGUGCGUUAGAGCCGGGAAACAAGGAGGACCUUAAACAGGAGGUGAUGGUUGAUCUGGUGGAGCAGUGUCGUACAUACAAACAAAGAGUGGUACACCUAGUCAACUCGACUUCGGACGAGUCUCUACUAUGUCAAGGUCUGGCGUUGAAUGAUGACUUGCAGCGGGUCUUAACCAGUUAUGAAGCAAUCUCUUCUGGAACUCCUGGAACUUCUGUUCAAAUCGAGAAGCCCAAGUCUGAGACAGGCAAAUCCCUUGUAGAUGUUGAUGGUCCACUCAUUGAUACUGGGGAUAGCAGCAGUCAGGCGAACGGAGCUACAUCAAGUUCUGGUAACGGGGUUCUAAAUCAAUUGGCCCUCCCUGCACCACCUGUAACUAAUGGUUCAGCCGAUUCCAAAAUAGACCUCCUCAGUGGCGAUGAUCUUGCCCUUGUUCCUGUGGGGCCUCCUCAACCAGCAAGUCCGGUCGCAUCAGAUCAGAAUGCACUUGCCCUUAUCGAUAUGUUCUCAGACAAUACUAAUAGUCCAAGUCCUGCAACUGCACCAACUAGUAAUUCAGCUCCACAGAGUACUCCUUUGAAUUCGCAACCGCACCAGCAACCAAAUAAUCAAGCUGGAGAAGCUGGAGUACACCAAUCCAAUGGAUUUGCUCCUCAAAUGGGUUAUUCACAGUUUGAGCAGCCAUCAUACGGGCAAGGGGCCUGGAAUAGUCAUCCUGCACAGCAGUUGCAACAACCACAGCAGCCAUCAUAUGAAGGAGCCCAAGACAAUAUGGCAUUUCCACCUCCCCCAUGGGAAGCUCAGCACCAAGAUUUCAGUCCCACUGCGGAGUCAGGAAGUCCGUUUUCUCCGCAAAUGCAUCCGACACAAAUCGCCUUCACACAUGGUCAACAGUAUCCUCAAAUGCCCCAAACCGGCCAACCAGUUAACAACAACAGUCCUUAUCCUCAAAUGCCCCAAAGCAGCCAACCGGUUAACAACAGUCCAUAUCCUCAAAUGCCGCAAACCGGCAGCGGUAUGUACAUGCAACAUCCAAUGCCAAACCAACCGAAUCAGGCUCUAGGGCAAGGUUAUCCACCCCAACAACAGCAGCAGCAGAUGAUGAUGGCUCAGUUCUAUGCCCAACAGCAACAACAGCAACAGGCGUAUGGAAACCAGAUGGGUGGAUACGGAUAUGGCUAUAAUCAACAGCAACAAGGAAGUAGCCCGUAUCUGGAUCAGCAAAUGUACGGUUUGUCCAUGAGAGACCAGGCUCCGCAUCAGGUACCAUCAUCUUCGUCGUCUGCCACGUCUUAUCUUCCUCCUAUGAAACCUAAGAAUAAACCAGAGGAUAAGCUAUUUGGGGAUCUCGUUGACAUCUCGAAAUUCAAGCCUAGUACAAAACCGACUUCCGGAAGAGCUGGUACCAUGUGAAAUCUCCUCCAUCAAUCCAUGAUUUCUGAGUAUUCAUCUCCUCUCUCCUCUGUUUUCUUUACUCAGCUAACUCUCUUUCUUCCUCUUUUUUUUUUUAAAGCUUUGAUCAAUUGAUUUUUACCCUCUUGGAAGAUACAUACAUAUAUCUAUAUGUUAUUUUCUUCCUUAUAAUUUGCCGUUGAUUAUGACCGGUAAUGGAUUUGUAUAUUUCUUGUAGAGAAAGAAAAACUGGAAAAUCUUUUGUUGAGAACUCAUCGAUUUGCGGUUUGUCUGGAGAUUCUAUUUAGACCUUUUCAUCUCAUUUGGUUUCUCAGACAUUUUAUAUGUUUCCAUUGGCAAUAAUUUACAAAAUGAUGUUUUAUGUUAUUUGUAUUUGAAUA